GGGCAGACUCUUAUGUAAACCCUACAUAGGCCAAUGACGAGAGAGGUUCUAAUGCUGUUAGCCGGGCGGCGGUGUUGAGUUUAUAACUGCCCUUGUCCUCGCAGACCUCAACAGAUCCUCACCAUCCUCAACAUGAAACGUAACAACCACUUCCAAGCUUUGUUAUUCGCCACUCUCUUCACUCUCAAUUGUCUCACUCCCCCUGCGGCCUCAGCAUGUUCUGGCACCAGUUCUGCAGUUGUAUCAGCACUGUUGCCACUACACACUGGCAGUGACUGCUCGGCUCUUCAGCUGAGAGGACUGCAACAGUUGGCUGCCCUGCGGGCGGUCGUCAACGAGAUCAACAACGAGCUCAAACCUCAGGAUGGACUCACGAUUGGACUGCAAGUACAGGACACCUGCUCCACCCCUGAUGGAGCCAUGAGGGCUGCUAUGAGGUCCUUGGUAGAUGUCCAGCAGACCUGCAGUAACCCUCCUCUUUACCUCGGCAUGCUGGGUCCAGAGGAUGCUGAGUCGUUAGCCAAGGUGAAAGGCGUGUCUAGAGUAUUCAACGCUACUCAUGUACUGCCUAACUUCCUCAGUUCGACCAAGGAAGCGGAAGAGGACACUGUCUUUUUCGUCAGCAUGGAACGCCAUAAGGAACAGGCUCAGAGCGUAAUCACUCUGCUGAAACAGCUGCACUGGCAGAGUUUCUCUGUAGCGUUCGAGGAGUCCAUGGCAGAGUUGGCAGAGGUCCUGAUACAGACCACCAAGGAGGACUCAACCGUGUGUGUCAAGGGUGCCGUGUCUCGGCUCAGCGCGCUAGCUGUUCUCCCCAACAUAUUUGCAGGAAGCCAAGACGGAGUUGUGGUUCUGACAGACACGCACCAGAUGGCAGCAAAGGUCCUGCAGGCCUACCAAGCACUCACAACUCCCAUGAUCCUCUUGGUCCGCACCGUCGGUCUGGAAACGUGGCAGAUUCCUCGCUCAGCUUCGAAGAUGUACCUACUUCAGCAAGUCAGCACAACUACUGAAGACGUCCCUGAGACAAUGAAUGUCACUCUGAAGACCGAGUAUGAAACCCAGCGACAAGCAGAGUUCCAGAACAUCCACUGCAAGGAUAUCACCAAUGCUGCUGAUUGCGCCAUUGAAAGCUCCACACAGGAUAAUCUACUGGAGAAUGUGGACGUGUCCGUGACAUCCAUGGCUAACGCGGUGAGGCUCGUAGCUUCUGCUUUGCGAUCUGUACACCGCGUCCGCUGCAUGGCCGGCACCACCCCCACAUUCGGCAUGUGCCCCAAGUUGAUGGCUCUGCCAGCCCAUGAGUGGAGAAACGCUCUGCGCAGAGCCACCGCCGUCACCAAGAACAGUGACAACCACCGUGUCCGCUUCCUCAUGGAACUGUCCACGAACUUCAACAUCUACAGCAGAGACAACAUCGAGGGCAACCUCAUGAAGGUUGGAUCCAUUGUUGCUGGAAACAUGAAGGAGGUCGCCAAGGACUAUACUUUCCCAGUGAUGCAACACGCGUCCAAUGUCACAGCCUGUGGUGCGACCCCUACCAUUCCCAUUGCCCCACCUCACAUUCCUCCACCCACCACCACCUUCGACGAAGACUCCAUCGCCACCCUGAAGGACAUAUACACAUCCGAGUACUCCUUCUACGAGCUGGUCGGCAUGAUCUGUGGUGUCGGCUUCAUCAUGUUCGGCAUCAUGGCUCUGAUGAUCUAUCUCAUCUACAACAGCCUCGUGGAGAAGACGGAGAAGGAAGUGGAGAGCGGGUCUGUGGAUACGGUAAGAACCUCCCGCCCUGCCAGACGCAAUUUCAGAGACACCUUCCGCCGGAACUCUUCCGUCCGCAGCUCCACUCACUCUUGAACAGACUGAGAUCCUUCCGACUCUCGAUUUAGCUUCUGAAUAUCUAAGGAUGAAACUUCAAUGUAAGGCUCAGAGAUGAUGAAAAUACGCAUCUCUCUUCCUUUUGACAUCGUCCAAGUGAUCAUCCCUGUAAAUGUGUUGAAGGUGGCUAAGUAAACGUAAAUGCCUUUCAUAAUUUCCCAAGUGACAAGAAAAGAAUUGAAAAAAAAAAAACUGUAUGCCUUUCAUUAUUUUUUUUGGAACCCUUUGUAAUUAAAAAAGCAAAGCUAACCAAUAAAAAUUGUAACGCCAGAAAAAUAUAAAGAAACGAAACCCAUUAAUGUUUUAUUCAUUAAACCCGUCAUUUUUCUUUUGCAUUAAACUUACUACAUUUGAAA